AGGAGCUGAGCUGCGGCUGUGGCUCUGUCGUCGAGCACACACGGACCAUUACAGCGAGCUCUCACACACUGAAUCACACAGGAAUAACACUCUCCGGCUCUGGACACGACUCUGGCAGCGACAUUUUCCACAGGCUGAAUGUUGGUGAAUAUGAGGACAGAUGUAGGAUGAAUCCACGGGAGGAUGUGCUCCUGAUGAUUGUGUUUUUCCACGGAGCGCACAUUUGCGAGAGUGAUAAAUGAAAACCAGAGGAAAACACCAGGAAAGAAAACCCGAGCUCGCCAUGGAGACGAGAGUGCAGUGAUGCUGUGGACACAUCUGUGACUCAAGUCUGAGAAAUUAAAAAUCCGAGAACAAGUUCUGCUCAAAGCUGUGAUUUUUGCCUUUUUCGGAUCAGAUGCGGCAGAUGUGAGUUUGAUCCUGAGGACCGAGCAGACCCCCCUUCACACAGACUGGAGGAUGAUCCCCGGGGCCCCCAGCACCACCACCACCAUGCUCCCCGCCUCCGAGGCUGCCAAAAUCUACCAAACCAACUACGUGCGCAACUCCCGCGCCAUCGGCGUCCUGUGGGCCAUCUUCACCAUCCUCUUCGCCAUCGUCAACGUGGUGUGCUUCAUCCAGCCCUACUGGAUCGGGGACGGCAUGGACACACCGCAGGCGGGCUACUUCGGGCUGUUCCACUACUGCAUCGGGAACGGGCUGUCCCGGGACUUGACCUGCCAGGGCAGCUUCACCGAGUUCAGCACCAUCCCUUCCGGUGCGUUCAAGGCCGCCUCCUUCUUCAUCGGCAUGUCCAUGGUGCUGGUGCUCACCUGCAUCGCCUGCUUCGCGCUCUUCUUCUUCUGCAGCACCGGCACCGUGUACAAGAUCUGCGGCUGGAUGCAGCUGGCUGCAGGUACAUGUCUGAUUCUGGGCUGCAUGAUCUACCCGGAUGGCUGGGACAGCGACGAGGUGAAGCGGAUGUGUGGCGAGAAGACGGACAAGUACACGCUGGGAGCCUGCUCGGUGCGCUGGGCCUACAUCCUGGCUAUCAUGGGCAUCAUGGACGCCCUCAUCCUCUCCUUCCUGGCCUUCGUGCUGGGGAACCGUCAGGACAGUCUGAUGUCUGAGGAGCUGCUGGGAGACAAGAGCGGCAACAACGCCAUAUAAUAUCUGAUAAUGGUAAAGCACACACACACAGGUUUUGCUGCCUAAACGUGAUGUUACUUCAGGAUCCAGCUUCCCUUUCCUGGUCCGACCUGUGACUAGGAUGCAGAGCUGAUGUGAAGGGAAAGAACAGAACAAAGAGGAGGAGGAAGAGGAGGAGGUCUGAAAGAGGCCACACAACCUUGGUGGACACCAGGAUGCCGCUUGUCCUCUCUGAAAGCUCCACCCCUGUAAAAUAGCCGUCUCAUUCAUCUCAAACUGCAGGAUGAAUUCUCAAAAAGACGUUCUCAAAGUUAACCUGUGUUGGUAUGUCACUGCAUCAUCUUACCCAAGCUGUUCAAACUGAAAUGUUUGUCCGUGUGGAUGUGAGGAGGGCUGCGAUGGUUCAGCUGAAAAAAAGAAGAAGAAAAAAACACGAAAAAGACUCUUAGUGUGGUAAUUCAGCCCCGGGAUACACACCACGGAGCGACGGCUGCUCAAAUCGAAUUAAAUCAAAACAAAUUAUACAGACUUUGACCGACACAAAUAAGGACUUAACAGACUCGAGGUCAAAGCUGUCAGAUCUUCUUAUUUAUCAAGUCAACAAACUCCCUGCGAAGGAAUUUGGCUUUGACACUCUUUGACCUUUGAUUUAAAGGAGAGCGAAGUGAGGACUGACAAAAACGACUGACUGGAUAAACCAACAGAAAAACAGUGCUGUUUUGUUAUAAAUAAAUGUUUGAUGUGAUAGAAUCAAAGGUAAUUAUUAGAGGUGAAAAAAAAGAUACUAAGCAGGAGAAAACAUCAAUUGUGACAAGUCUAUAAUCUGUGUAUAGCUCUAUGUUGAUUAGGUCCCUGUACUUUGUCUUGACUUUGAAAUGUACACUUUGAAAUGUCAAGCUAUUGGUCCAUUAUUAGUGUGUGCCAUACAGUAUUGUGUAAUCUGACAGUAUUGUGGAGUACUAACAGGGAGUAAAAGAAGUUAAACUGAACAUGAACUGAAGCUGGGUAAGUUUGACUCUUUGAAUCUUUUUGUUGCCUGUCAUUCUUCAGUCUCACGCUAAAAUAGGUAGUUAAACACGAGUAGUGAGUCUGACUUACACUGAAAAUGUUCGACACAUUUAAAGCAAAAAAAUAGACAUUUUGGGAAAUACGCUCAUUUGCUUUCUGGGAGAGAGUAAUGCUGUGUAUCUGUAUAUCAUUUUAGAAGAUAAGAGAACAGUAAAAUACUAACUGUGUCUUUUACAAUUGUGGUGUAAGGGGAAAAAAAAUUGGGCUGCAGGGGAUUUUUUGGCUGCAAUACCACGAGUGGCCACUGGGAGAGAUUUGCUGCAAGGCUAAGCGGCUUUCCUGGGGUCCUGGUCUCAACUAUUUCUGUGGUCUAAACCUAACCACGGGGUUUUUUUUGCCCAAACCAUGUGCAUUAGUUAUUGGAGGGAAAAAAAGUCAAUUUGCGUUGUUGUACUGACGUAACACGUUUAUUUUGAAAGAAGACAAUGCAUGUAACAGGCAGAACUUGACACAGCGCCCCAGAACAUCAAUAACCAACACACCCAGGGUACCUCUCACGUCAUAUCUGGACAUGUAAGGUCCAUGACCAAACAUUGAUAUGUGACGAGGUCGGAGUGAGAAUGUGUUGAGUAGUCUGGCCUAUAGCUUGCUAAAUUAAAACAUUGAAUUGAGGGUCUUACACUUCAGUUUUUGUACAUAUUAAGCAAGCUUGAUAUAACCUUUUAAUUGGUAAGCCUUAGAGGUGCUAGUAAGGGGAUAUUUCCAUUUGUGCUUACCUCACAAACAUUAGGCUAAGCUAACUGACUAACAGAGUCAGAGAAAUCAAGCCCCCAGGAAGUGCGCUGCACUUUGAAGCCAACUUGAAGUACAACUUCUGAGUCCAUCACAUGAUGCCAUUGGGCCCAAAAGACAAUUUCCCAAAGACUUAUGUUGGAAAGAAAUGCCUGUAAAUCAGUGGAUACAUUUUUUUGAGUGAUCUUAAGUGCUAUGUUGUAGGCAGCCAGACUUGUUUAAGUUUCUUGAAGAUGUAUUCACCUCUCAUCCAAGGGAGCUGAAGGAGCAAUAAAGAUUACCAUGACCUGGAUGACUGAGAAUCUUUGUGUUACAACCCCCAUGAAAUGACUUGUUACACUAUCCAUAUGUUCAUAGUAACAUUUGGAAACCCUAGAAGAGCCACAAGAUUAAGUCAUUGUAUUCCCAUUCAAGUUAGCAGAGCGCUAAGCUGAAGUAGCUGGCUUGAAUGUUGGAAAUCUCUAGUGCACUUGCUCAUUUGGCCCAGCGAUGGGGAAGCAGUGGCGAUCAUCCAGAUUACAAGCGGCAGUUCAGCCUUUUUGGUUUCAUGCACCACUGAGUGACUUUUGUGGGAAUGAAUGGAGUCUUGCCUCCAACACUGUAUCCAGGUCUCUUUAUACAUCCAUUGGACAAACAUGAGGGUGGUGUCAAUCUUUUAAAUUAGCCAACUCUUCGCUAGAAAACUAACCAGCCCAUUUCCCAAAGUGUUGAAUUUCUUGAACAUCUUUUUUUUUAAACAAAGUAGGACAGUUUUGAGUGUCAUGCGGCAAUAUGAUAUUUGUGAACAUGCCUCCUUUGUUAUUUGCUGUUACUUCAGGUGUUUCCAGGUUGAGCUGAAGGUCCUGAGUGUUUGUUAUCAAACUGAAAUACAGACUGUUACUCCAAAAGGACUCAUUGCACUCUCCUGCCCUAUCAUCAGGUCACAUUCCUGGGCCCAGAGGUGUAAGGUGGAGGUGGAGGUGGAGGUCGUACUUCUUUCUCUCAAGUCAUUUUGAGACUAUGACAAGAUGUUGAACCCUUUUCUGUAUGAGUCUAUCCAGAUGAAUAACUUCUAAUAUGGAAUCAAAGUGUGAGAUA